GCAACAUUCCAUUGCAAUAGCCCUCCGUGAUUUUCCGCGACUAUUUCCGAUCCCCGUGCUCCAACCAAAAAAAAAAAAAAAAGAGAUAGUUCAAAUUAUUUUUACACGAUGAAUUUAGAUCUUCGUAGUAAUUCCGGAAAUAAUGACAGUGACAGCGGACAAUACAGUAACACUAAUAUACCAGUUACUUCACAACUAGGUUUAGCUCCACUUAGUCCAUAUUUAAAUUUUGACCCGUCGUAUCUACCCAUUAGCCAGCCCGAAUUUAUAUUUCCCGACGGAGCUGUAAAACAAAGAGGCCGCUUUGAGUUAGCUUUUAGUCAAAUUGGAGCAGCAUGUAUAGCAGGAGCUGGAAUCGGUGGAGCUUCGGGUUUAUACAGAGGCAUCAAAGCCACAUCCAUUGCUGGUGAAACAGGCAAACUCAGGAGAACACAAUUGAUUAAUUAUGUUACGAAGGGUGGCGCAAGUAUGGCAAAUUCGCUCGGUGUGAUAACAAUAAUGUACACUUGUGCCGGAAUAGGAUUGACCUGGUUGAGAGGCACUGAUGACAGUUUCAACACAGUAGCCGCAGCUGCCACUAGUGCGGCGGUAUUCAGAUCUCCUGCUGGAAUCAGAAAAGCCGGUAUCGCGGGCGCUAUUGCCGCGGGAGUUGCAGUAAUGUAUACUUUAUGGAACAACGGAGGAUUGUCGUUGCCGCAUAUGAAUGGCUAUAAACAUCCGGCAUAAGAGUAUUGAUAUAAUUUGACUUCUCUUCUGUAAAAAACCAAAAAAUUUCCAAAACAAUUAACGUUCUCUCUCUCUCUUUGUGUAUUAUCUUGUAUAUACAAAAUCUCAUUACACACAAAGAAAAACACAUGAAUUAUCGAAGAGACGUUAGAACACACAAAUUAUUUAUUGAAAUUAGCAGUGUAAAUACUUUCGAAUAAAUAAAUCGAAAACGUUGCACAUGUGUA